UUCAUGUCAUUCUCUCUCCGUCAGCUCUCAUCUCCAAUUCGAUGAUGUUGUCGGGUCGCUCCCACUACUGCUGCUCUAAUUUGUGCGCUUUGCCGGCUCUUCUGUUCCCCUAAUUUCCACGGCUGGAAUUCUCUCUCGAAGCGAGGGCUUACUUUAAUGGCUGACACACAAUUUGUUACUUCACUAAUUGAUUCUACGACCUCGAAGUUACAACAACUUAAGAAAGUAUUUACUGAACUUGAAAGCCAUGGUACUGUUACUUUGAAUUUGAAAUGGAAGGAGCUGGAACAACAUUUUCAUGGGCUUGAAAAGUCGCUGAAAAAAAGAUCGGAUGAGUUGGAAAGCAAGGAAAACGACUAUUUGAAUAAAGUAACAGAGACUGAAAAAAUGCUAGAAAGGAGAGAAGCUGUGGUUGUAGCCAAGGAACAAGCCGCACUAGAGAGGCUGCAAGAGAAACGAGAUGCUGCUCUGUCUACCUUAUUUGAAAAAUAUCGGAACUAUCCACCAGCAUUAGUUGAUUUUACUCCAACUAAUAGUUCUCCCGAGAGCAGUGUUGAAGAUGGAUCAGAUAUUACAGUUAUUAAAUCUGAUUUAUAUGAUGAAGCAACUGGGGAAAGUAAUUACUUAGAUGAAAAACCUCAUUCACUGCUGGCAGAAUUGUGUGAGAAGAUGGAUGUAGAACAGCUCCACAAGUUCAUUUCGGACAAUCGAAAGAAUCUUGCCUCAAUUCGUGAAGAGAUCCCAAUUUCGUUAAAAGCUGCGAGUAAUCCAUUUAGCCUGGUGUUGGAUUCCUUGAAGAACUUCUAUUCAGGAGAAAUUCUAGGAUCAGACGGAAAGAAGGAUGCUGGCCUUCUGGGCUUACGCAGAACUUGCCUUAUGCUGAUGGAAUCUCUAAGUUCUUUAAUAAUGAAUUCUGAGACGCUUUCUAAUGGGCAAAAGCUCACGGAUGAAAUUAAAGAGCGAGCAAAGGCAGUUGCUAACUAUUGGAAGCCAAAGUUAGAUAGCCUUGACAUUUAUGCAAGUAGUGGCAACUCAUUAGAAGCUCAUGCACUUCUUCAACUUUUGGUCACGUAUAUUUAUUCAGAUUUCCCUGAGAAUGAGAUAUGCAAAUUGAUUCCAGCUGUUUCUAGACGUCGCAGAACUGUUGACCUGUGCCGGUCACUUGGUUUUUUACCAAAAAUGCCAGGUGUCAUCAAUUCACUGAUCAAUAGAGGAAAACAAAUUGAUGCUGUUAAUCUCGUAUUUGCAUUUGAACUGACAGACCAAUUUCAACCUGUUCCUUUACUCAAAUCAUAUAUAAAGGAGAUGAGGAAAAUAUCAAAUUCCAAAUCUGGAAGCAUGUCUCCCAAUGCUCAGAAUGAAAUGAAUGAACGCGAGCUGUCUGCUCUUAAGGCCGUGAUAAAGUGCAUCGAAGAGCACAAGCUUGAGGAACAAUACCCUGUGGAUUCACUUCAAAAAAGAAUCAUUCAGCUGGAGAAAGCCAAGGCUGACAAACGAAGAGCUGCCGAUGCUUCAAAACCUCAAUCGAAGAGGCCCCGAGCAAACGGUACUAUCUAUGCUCCUCCAACUCGAAUGACUCAAACAUUUCCCGAACAAAGCUUUUACCGCAUGCCAGAACGGUACCAAUUCCCGUACGAACGGCAGUAUAUGUACCCACCCGAACCACAUCCUCUGCCUCCUGCACUGCUUGGAUCUGCUACCUACACCUUAUCUCCCACCCAUAACGCCUAUUAUGGCAACAGCUACCAUGUCCAGUACCAGUCUCCCUAUCUACACUAAUGAAGAAGCCUCUGCUGAUUGUGAUAUUGGCUAACUGCUAGAAGUUAGAACCCCAUCGGGCCUUCUGUAUGGUGCUUUGUUGGAGUUGCGGUGUACUAAAACUCUAGUCUGCUUACUUUGAAACCCUGUGUGCUUAUUCCUGCUUAUUUAGUUGUGUUGUGUAUUAUGACAGUUAAUUUGCUUAUUUUGUUUAGCUGAGAAUUGACUGAUAUGAUAUAUUUUGUUUCUAGU